CAUCGCAGCGACUGCCGACCGGGAGAGGAGACGAUGGCGGCGGCUGUGGACCGAGGAGGAGUCCGGGGGCCCACCGACACGUCAGCGGGCACCGAGGCUGCCGGGAAGCCAGACGGCAGCGGCCCGGUGCCCAUGAACCUGUUCGCUACCUGGGAGAUCGACCGGUCCUCCCCGAGCUGCGUGCCCAGGCUCUGCAUUCUGACCGUGAAGAAGCUGAUGGUUCUGAGGGAGCUGGACAGAGAGCUCAGCUCCGUCAUCAUCGCUGUGAAAAUCCAGGGCUCUAAGCGGACGUUGAGAUCCAAUGAGUACCUUCUUCCUCCCGACGGCCUCAUGGAAACAGACCUGGAGCUCACCUUCUCCCUGCAGUAUCUUCACUUCCUGAAGCGAGACGUGAACCGUCUGCAUGUGAUGUUGCAGAGGAGGAAGAGGUACAAGAACCGAACCAUCAUGGGCUACAAAACCCUCGCAGUGGGUGUUGUCAACAUGACCGAGGUGAUGCAGCAUCCAACAGAUGGUGCCCACAUACUCGGUCUCCAUAGCAACCUGAAGGAUGCUUCUGUGCGUGCGGCGGAACUGAGUGUUCAUUCUCUCUGCAGCCAUCCAAUAGAAAUAGAGGACACAACUGGUCACCAUGGCAACCAGGGCAAGGCCCCAGACCGCUCUCCUGAUGUGGAGAACUACUGGGAGGACGAUGACGACAGCUUCUCCUCUGAACAGGAAGGAAGUGACGACGCAGUCUUGCCUCAGGACAUGUUUGAUGAUGAUGAGGAUGUCCAGGGAAAGAUUAAGAAGUCUCACAGGAAAAUGAUCCGAACAUCCUCACUGACUCAGCAGCCGAACUUUAAGCAGAAGUUUGUGGCUCUCCUGAAGAGAUUCAAAGUCAGUGAUGAGGUUCUGGACUCGGACCCCGUGGGUCAGAGCCAGGAGGCCGAGGAGGACCUGGACCUCCUGUACGACAGCCUGGAGGUUUACAACCUGAGCGACAGCGGCCCUGAGCUGGACGACAACGACAGCAUCCAGAGCACUCCUAAACCCAAGCUCAGGUGA